AUGGAGACUGGCGUACACAGGACAGCAGCGCGCGGGGUUCCCAGCUGGCCACCUGCCUCUAGAUCUCCGCGACGCCCCCCGGCGGGGCGCCUCCUCCAGUCCUGGAGAACAUCAAGAAUGAAAGCUUUUUUAAAGUGCUCUGAAGGCUUUAUUUUCCUGAGAAAAUAUACAACCAUUGGAAGGCAUGAAAAUUCAGACCUUGUUUUAAAGUAUCCAGAUAUUGACAACCAUCACGCUCUGAUUGAGUUCAAUGAAGAAGAUGGUAGCUUCAUUCUUCAAGAUUUCAAUUCCCUCAGCGGAACCUUUGUCAACAACUGCCACAUUCAGAAUGUAGCCGUGAAACUGAAACCAGGGGAUGUCCUGCGCUUUGGAGCUGUAGGGCUCUCCUAUGAGCUGAUAGUGGAAUUCCUACCUCAUUCAGCCCAAUAUUCACCAGGGGCCAAAGGAUCGGACCUAUCCCCAGGCCAUCACAAUACACAGUUCCCUUUUCUCCAUAAUAGUCGGCCGAUGAGUGCUCAACGAAGCUGGUCCCAAGAACUGAUGGAAGGCACGCAACCUCGUCCCCCUCCAGAAAAGAGGCCGUUUAGUGCUGGAGGGAGAAGGAUGCUGACUCUUUCUUCAGAUCCAGUUGGCAGAUCUGUUAAACAAGGUCCAGUGAAACCAAUUGGCUUAGGGCAGCAGUCCCCAUCUGGCAGUAAGUCCCAGCCCGAGCAGCUCCGCCGGAUCAGCAACCCCAAUAAUUUGGGCAGCAAAGAUGACAUCAUUGAGAUCCUGGAACAGGAAGUCAGCCGCCUCUCGGGCCUCGAAGUGGAAUCCAAGCACAAGGACACCAUGAUCGCCAAUCUCCAAAAUGAAAUGGCCGACAUGUCGCAGAAGCUGAUGUUAUUGCAGAAGGCCCCCAGCCAGGAAGAAGUCAGGAAGGGUCAGGAGCUCAAUCUCUUGGACUGGGAUGAAGACGACAAAAAGGUAGAGGUCCCAUCCCUGGAAGGCCAGAUCACCGACCCCCAAAAAGGAUACAGUAACAUGUUGUUUCAUACCCUCGCUGAGAGAAACUUGGAGAUUUCUCAUCUGAAAGCCGAAUGGGAGAACUUAAAGAAAGACAAGGAGAGGUGCUCAGAGCUGUUGGCCACUUUGCAAAAGGACAUCGGAUUAAAGGACAUCCUGGUUCAUAAACUAAAGCAGGAGGUGGACAGACUGAAGAAUGAAAACCAAGAGAAGGAUUAUCAACUUACAGCCAUCACUUCCAGGUGUACAAAACUGAAAGAAGAGUUGAAGAAAGAUGAGCUAGAAACCAAAACCAAGGAACUAAAGUCCUGCAAAACUUACAUCAAAGACCUGGAGCAGCAAUUAAAACUUCUGGGGGAACAGCUCCAGAAGAGCUGUGAUGAACAAAGUGCCAUCUCCCAGACUCUGAAAGAAAAGAACAAGGCUGAAGAGAGGCUACAGGAGGAUUCCAAGAAGAAAUUAGUGCAGCUUCAAGAGAUGGGUUGCAGACAGCGCCUCGUUAAAUCCAAUUUGGACAAGACAGUGUGUCAGCUGGAACAGUUCCGAAGUCAAAUUAUCGAAGCCAUUUAUGGUCGAGGAAAACUGCCCCAAGCCCGGAUCGUAACCAAUCAGCAGCUGGUAGAGGUGAUCUCCACUGUCAUGGAGGACAACUUCAACUUGCAGCAGAAAGAAAUGAUGACGAAGAGCUGGCUUGAGACCUGCAGGGAGGAUGAGCUCUUGGCCCGCACAGACAAGCUGAAGGCCUUCUUUGAGGACUGCCAGACUUGCUUGAAAAUGUCUUGCUGUGGCAAUGACUUGAGAAAGCAGCUCAUUGACCUUCAGAACCUCCCCGUGGAGCCCUCUGGGAUGUGGCUGCAAGAAGCCAUUGCGGAGAUCCUGAAAAUUGUGUUGUGCUGGGUGGAGGAGAUCGAGCAGCUCUUGAAGGAUGUGGGCGUUGAGUUGUCCAACACCGACAAAGGAUUUUCCUUGUACUUGAUUAAGUUUCUGGAAAAUCAUAAGAAAACUAUGAAGAAGAACCAGGAGCUCCAGAGCAAGAUCAACAGCAUCCAGGAGUCUUACCACUCCCUGCUGCAGAAGAUACAAGACCAAACCUUAGAGCACGAGAAGCAGCUGCAGGAAAAGAUCAAGCAGCUACAGGAAAAGCAAGAAGAGGAAACCCAGGUUUGGAAGGACAGUGUGACCCAAGAGAAGAACAAAGCUAAGGCUGCUGUGGAGGAAGAGAAGAAAAAAGUCCAAGAUCUUGAGAACCACCUAAGGAAGCUGAAGCAGGAAAUGGAAUCUAAAUCUGAAGAAGGGGGAGUUUUGAGCUCUCACUUAAAUGAGGCACUGACCUUGGUAGAAGAAAGCCAGCGGACAAAUUCCGUGGACCAACAAGAAAAACAAACCCUCACUCUGAGAUUGAGCAACGCCCUAGAGGAACUCAGCGACGCCAGACAGAAACAAAUUCUUUUAGGGGAACAAAUCUUGGAGCAGCAGGAGACCCUCAAGAUCGUGCAGGAGAACAACAGCAUUCAGAAAAGAAGCCUGGAGAUAGAAAUCGUUCAGUACAAAGAGCAGGUCCGACAGCACUCGCAGACCAUCGUCACUCUGGAAGAGAGGCUACAGAAAGUGACCCAGCAAAAUAAGGACAUCGAACAGAAGAUUUCCAGCCUCAAGGAAAAUAUACCAGUUGCAAAGGAAAGAAAGAAAGAUGGCUUACUAAAGAAUCUUGCCACUGGAAGAUCCUAUGAUCACCUAAUGGAAGAAUUCAUGGUUGCCCAGAAACAGCUCCUCUCCCAACAUGAGCUCAUCAUCGCUCUGAAAACAGACCUUAACAGAGGCCAAGCCAAGAUGACUGACUUAAAAGCUGAGUACGAUAAACACCUAAAAACAGAGAUCGAGCAGAAUGUCAUCCUGAUUCGGCAACAGGAGAAGGAGUUGAGUGUGCUACAGGACAAGCUGGUCCAGAUUUCCAACCUGGUGGAGAAGAAGAACAAAGAGAUCGAAAGCUUAAAGGCUGCUCUAAAGAUCUCCAAAGAAGCUGAAAAGGCUGCCAUGCUAAAUUGUGAUGUGGGGAUACAAGUAGAAAUUACUGAAAGUGACCUCUACUUCUUUAACCAGGAGGCUUCAUCCUUCAUUGAACUAGGGACUAAAUGCAAAGGGUUCCGACACGAGGAAAUCAUUCAGCGCCAGAAAAGGGCUUUGUGUGAACUCCGGGAGCAAAUCAAGGGCCUGGAAAAGACCAAUGUUGCAAGUUCUGGAGAUGUGGGGUUGGAGUCACCUAUUGAGUCCAAGAAGGCCCAAUUGGGGAAAAAUCCUAAAGUAGUGGAGAAGGAUCCAGGCUUACCAUGUCUACCAAACAUCGAUCAAAGAUUAGGAGGCAAAGCAAAUUAUUCUUUGCCUUCAAGCCAACUUCCCAACUUACCUACAGAGAAGUUAGUAAAGUUGGAUUUGGUAGAAGCUCUCGAACUCAGCGAGAAGCUGGUACGUGUUUAA